CCUAGUUUCUUGCCAUGCAUUCCUCUAGAUCUGUGCUAGAGUUGAAUAAAACGCAUUAUUAAUAUUUUCAACAGGUUGUGGUUACUUGAAAUGUAAGAUAGGUGUGGGUUGACAAUCUCUUUUGGCUUAUUGAAAUUAAGUACUUGUCAAGCAAUCACUAGAAUCAAAUGCUUGGAUCAUGCACUAAGAAAGUGCCAAACUCUAUUUAUUAGUAUACGUAGGAUAUGGAAAUCCAAUCUAUAUCAGUAUCCUCUGUACCCAGUUGUUCAUUCUGGUUUACCAUUAUGGUUUUGUAAAUAAUGAGAAUGAGAAUACCACACUCCAUACUUUCGGCGUCUAUCAAAGUAAUAAUCAAUCAGCUUCAAAGGUAAUUCGGAUGAUCUAUUUUUCUUUCCUUAUUUCAAGGCUGCAAGAGUAUUUUCUCUUUGAGCUAUGUUCAGUUAUUCCUUAAUCUGAAACCGCAUAUAUCAAACUUCAAGGUAUGUGCGGUUUCUGAACUUUGUCUCUCAGUACUUUCAUGUUCUGUAAGAACACGCAUGAAAAUUUUCAAUAUUCUCAGUCCUGAAGACAAGGGAAUGACAAAACAGAAUGCUAACAUAAAGUUAAAAAGAUGGAGAAGUGUUUACUAUUUUAUCUUUAUACCGGGUGCUCUUGCUCUUCUCCUCUCUGUUGCUGCCAUGUCCAAGUUCAUCUCCCUCAAAUCAUUUCUUGGUACUGAAUCUUUAUACUCCAAUCUGAAUCCUGAGGUCCCAAAUGGCAAUCAACAAGAAGUGAUGAUGAUGACUGUGCAAAUUGUGAUUCAGAAAAUUGAAGAGCAACUUGACAAACUGAGGGAAACAAAAGAGGAUCCAUCAUCAUCAUCCCCAUCUGUAUUCCAACAAAGUGCAUUUCUUGCUGAUAUAUUAGGACUUCUUGAGUCAGCGGUAGCAUCUCAUGAUUCUCAGCAAAAUGCUAGUUUCACCACCAUUCAUCCUCUAGUGAGGAAAAAGAAACAAUCUGAUGAACCUGCUGAUUACUUUCUGCGAGAAGAGAUUCGCAAGUACGUCAGGAUCAAGCCUAACAGAUUAGGAAAACAAAACUUCAUGGGGGCAAAUGCAAGCUUCACCAGCAUAGGACACGCUUGCUUUUCAAUGAAGGAAGAGCUAGAAGAAUACAUGGACUACGAUGUUGGUGACAUCUGCAAUGAUGACUGGAAGAUAGCUCAAAAGCUCAUGGUUCAUGGCUGUGAUCCUCUACCAAGGAGAAGGUGCUUCUCAAGAGCCCCUAAGUUGUACAACCAACCAUUUCCCAUCAAUGAAUCCUUGUGGAAACUCCCUGAUGAUAGGAAUGUCAGAUGGAGCCAAUACCAGUGCAAGAGCUUUGCUUGUCUCGCCGGCAACGCCACCCGUAAGGGGUUCUUCAAGUGUGCAUACUGCUUCAACCUCACCAACCAUGAGAUGCCAAGAUGGGUAAGCCUAGAGGCUGAUUCAAACCAGACUUCUGAUUUCCUUAUAUCUGAGGUUCUUGGAGUUAAGCCAGAAGAGAUCAGAAUAGGAUUGGACUUCAGUGUUGGAACUGGAACUUUUGCUGCUAGGAUGAGGGAAUUCAAUGUGACAAUAGUUUCAGCCACUAUCAAUUUUGGGGCACCCUUUAGUGAAAUGAUAGCUCUUAGAGGACUUGUUCCUCUAUACUUGACUAUAAACCAAAGGCUUCCAUUUUUUGACAACACCCUGGAUUUGAUUCACACAACAAGGUUUCUGGAUGGGUGGAUUGACUUUGUGCUCCUUGAGUUUAUAUUGUAUGAUUGGGAUAGAGUUUUGAGGCCAGGGGGGUUGCUUUGGAUUGACAGCUUUUUCUGCUUGAAGGAAGAUUUGUAUGAUUACUUGCAGGCCUUCAAAAUGCUGAGAUAUAAGCAGCACAAAUGGGUGGUUGUUCCAAAGCUUGAUAAGGAUGAUCAGGAAAUGUUCUUUUCUGCUGUUUUAGAGAAGCCUCCUAGGCCAUUCAGGUGAUCUUCCAUUGUAGUUUUGUCUUCUUGCCUGUGUAAUUCCCAUCAUUCUUUAGGUUAAUCUUUGAGACACUUUAGUUUUGAAUAUUGCACAUUUGUCUUGUGUAUUGCGACCAUAAGUUUUAAAAAAUGACUGUUUAAUAUAAGAGUUA